AUGCCUGGUGCGAAUGUCUUGAGUUUUAAGCCCCUUGGAGGACCUGUGCUUGGUGUGUCAUGCAAGCUACCUUUGAGGAAUGGAUACAGUAUUCCUCAGCACGGGUUCGGAACCUAUCGAAUGAGUCCUGCUGAGGCUGAAGGAGCUGUAGAGUAUGCUAUAACGUGUGGUUUUCGUCAUGUUGACUGUGCAAAGGCGUACAACAAUCAAUCAGCUGUUGGAAAGGCUCUUCACCGUGUUAUUUCAUCAGGGAGAGUUAAACGAGAAGAUUUGUUUCUAACUUCAAAACUGUGGCCUACAGAUCAACACCCAGAUAACGUUGAAAAGGCUUGCCGCGAAACGUUAUCACAACUUGGACUAGACUACUUAGAUUUAUACCUCAUUCACUGGCCUGUGGCGUGGCGUCACUCUCCUAAGUUCGAAACAGAGGAUGACAAGUACCCAAAGGACGCUGAUGGGCUUCCUGCAGUUGACAAGACGGUGAAACUUCUUGAUACAUGGAAAGCAAUGUGUGAGCUCGUUGACAAAGGUUUAGUACGCUCUAUUGGUCUCUCUAACUGCGCGGAGAAACACAUCAAUGAAGUAAUGAGUGAUGGAAACCUUUACCUACCUGUUAUUAAUCAAAUCGAACUUCACCCAGGAUUGGUACAACGAGAACUUCUUAAUAUACACGGUGCUCACCAUAUUCUUACUGCUGCGUACAGUCCACUCGGGAUGCCCUCAAGAUUUACACCGCCUGACUUCAAGGGUCUAUUACAUGAUGCGUCAUUGCAACCACUAUCUGAACAUUCAGGGUUUACUGUGGCUCGUAUACUUCUUAACUGGAAUCUUGACAUGCAUAAUGUCGUUAUAGUUCGCUCAACCAAUAAAGAUCAUAUAAAAUCUAAUGCCAAAGCUUCCCUUUAUGCUUUAUCAGACCCAGUGCGUAUGAUCCUCGACCGGUUUGAAGAGCGUGUGGGAACAAUCCGAACGAUCAAUCCAACAAAUUUUAAUCGUAGCGGAAAAAGUUUUUUUGAAUGA